AUGGCACCACCGGCACCGCUUGUAGCAGCACCCGUCGAGAGCUGGAUUGCACCGCUGCUGCCAGCGGUGGUCAAGCCCGACGCAAGAGAAAUCGAGCCACUCACGCCAUUUGUACCACCGGCAGCAGUCAAGAUCGAAACGCUGCCACUUGAUGUCGCACUGCCUGCGCCCGACUGCAGCGUCAACGAUCCACCAAAGUUGUUCGUGGACAAUCCUGCCGCGAGCGAGACUGAGCCACCGACGCCUGUCGCGCCGCUGCCAGCUGAGAUUGUCACGGCGCCACCAGUACCACCGGACGUCGAAGCACCGCUGUUUAUCGACACGGAGCCGCUCGAGCCGCCACUAGACAUGCCACUUGAGAUUGCGACACUUCCACUGGCACCAGCGGAGCUGGAGGCAGUUGCGAUCGACACGGAGCCUGAUACCAUGGCCGCCCCAGACAUCAGAGCCAAAGAACCUCCAGUGGCGACGCCAGACCCGGCUGUAAAGAGCACGUCACCACCGACACCAGUGCUUGGUUGUGUUCCCGCACCAGCCGUAAUGGACACACUGCCACCGGUUCCGACAUUGCCGGAGCCCACGGACAUCACAAUUGAGCCACCGUACCCCGACGUCGCCAAACCGGUGCCAAAGACCAAAUUACCGGUGUUGCCGCUUGUCGAUGUACCCGAU